CAUUGCGACUAUCCACAUGUUUCUGCUGCAGAGCUGUCCCCAAGAGAGGUUACCAUGGCAAAGAAUAAACCUAAGGGUCAGAAACAGAAGAGUGUGUUUCAAGUGGCCAACAAACACAUAAAACAUAAGAAUAAAGCCAAGCCUGUGACCUCAACCCUCAAACACAUUAAUGCCACCAAUGCUACUAAGAACGAGAAGGUCGACAGCCUAAAUAAAAUAUUCUCAGAUGUACAGAGGGAGGUAAAAAGCCUAUCGAAAUGUACUGCACAGGAACCCAAAAAGCCGCCACAGGUGAUCAGAGAACCGCCGAGGGACUCGGUGAAUGUGGACGGCGCCGUCCAGCUGUUCUCUCAGCUCUAGCAGAUGAAACCAUCACAACAAAUGAAAGAUUUAAGCCAAUUAAAAAAAACAAAAACUUUCAUGGACAUUUUUUGGUGCAGCUGGAUGAGUAAACAAAAAGUUUAACAAGUCCACCGCCUAAAGAAAACGUUUUAAUAACUUUUGGUAAAGGUUUAAAAUCAGCUGUGGAAUACAGGGAGCUGGACUUAUGUAACUUAUAACACAUGAACGUGUGUUAAAACAGAAAUAUUAAGUUUGAUGUUAGGUUUGACUGGAGAGAGUUCGGUUUUUGCUGUACUCAGUGGAAAAGGAGAUGGGAUCUGCAGAAGAGUGACGUAUAAUGUUUAGCCAUGAGUUACUGUCUUAGAUGCCAGCCGUCGUGGCUGUGAUUGAACAAUCUAGUAGUGCUCACUGCGCAUACAGUACGAAAGUCAGCAGUCCUGAUGAUCUUUGUCAUUUCAGGGCUGAGCCCUUUUUUCAUGCAACUGUAAAGACCAUGAAAACUGUGCAAUAAAUCAGUAGAGUGUCUGACCGGAAAAAAAAAAAAAACAUUGGAAUAAAAGAGA